UGCAGAGGUGAGUUGAUGACACAUCUACCAACAAACAUAAGUGCCUGAGUGGCAAUACCUUUAGGAGACACUAAAGUAGUUAGUUUUUACACCACACCCAAGAGUCUGAUCAGGUCCAAGCAUUGUGUUUGACUGGGUUCGAGUAUGGCCUUUUCAUUCCUUUUGGUAUUAGCUGCCACUGUGAUUCUUAUCAGACCUGAAACACCUGUAACAAAGGCCUUGCAUCAGAACUCGCUGGAGUGCUGUGGUGAGAAACAGAGGGUAAACAGCUCUUGCUCAAAUGACACUCACUGUGAACCAGGAUGCUUCUUUCGGGUUCUUGAGAGCAGCAACACUGUCUGUAUAUUCUGCGACUCAGCUUCUGUGGAUUUGGAGAACGUAACAGUCUGCACAUACAACUACAGUGUGGAGCGUAAAAAUCAUACAACAGUAACUACUGUCAUACCUAAAAUUGGCGGCCCAGGUGUGGCGGCCUCUCUCCUUCUGGGGACCCUGCUGAUCAGCCUGUUCAUGAUCCUCUCUGUCGCUUCCUUUUUCUACCUCAAACGCUCCAACCGUCUCCCAAGUGUUUUCUAUCGUCGCAACAAAGCUUUCAUAUUUCAACCAAGUGAGACAGCUGUCAUGAUCCCCUCCUCAUCAGUAAGGAAGCCAAGAUACGUCAGGCGGGAGCGGCCCUCUGCAACAUCAACAGUGAAGAGCGCCACCAUACCCACAACGGCCACGACACAAGUGUAUAAUGUGUAGGAGGAGAGGUGGUAGUUCUAGUUCAGGUAGGAGAGAGAGUGAGCUCAGGAAGGAUCUUUGAUUUCUCUUAUCAUGUGAAGUUUCACAGGGGUGAAGGAAGACAACCUGAACUCCAGAAACGAUGGCCAAGUUUAGCUAUAGCUGCUUCUGCUGCAUUCGUGUCACUGAGGUGUUGCUUUUUUCUGUUUUUGAUAAGAAAAUGGUGUUGACAAAGAUCAUUGUCGAGUGACUAACCGGCUAUUAUUUAAAAGCGCUCUAAAAUGUAUGGAAAUGAGCCGCUUCCAUUCAGGAUUAUUGUUUUAUAGGAUGUGUCUGGCAGUGAGGAUGCUGCAAAUAUGUAACAUGUUACCCUCCGAUGAUUCAGUGGUUUGCUCUGGUGGAGGUUGGUUGUUUUUGGGUUCUGAACCAGAUUAAUUUUGGUCGGAAUGUUUCAAAUAGUUAAAAAUCAAGUGCUUAAACUGGAGCAAGUCAUUUUUUAAUGCAUUUCCUUUCAUCCAAUGUGUGCCAAGCUGAGCUAAGAUAACUGACUUAUUUUUUUAACAGAUACAAAUAAGCCUUGUAUUUUCUCUAAAGCGAGGACAAAUGGAGCCAAGUUUAACCAAGUUUUUUUGUUUUUUUUUUAAGGACAAAGUGACACUCCAGUGACAUUUGAUGGACAUGCUGUUUGCUAAUCAGGAUGCUAUGACUUUUGUGCUAUUUAUUUGCAUUUUUGUAACCGUGCACUGAGUUUUACUUUUAGAAAGAGGCCAACAGAAUAAACGGUGUCUUCUGGUGGAACAGGGACAUAUUGAGACGAGUUACUGCAGUCGCUGUACUGAUAAGUAUUUGAUUGCGUUUUGUAUUUUUAUUGUUGCUGUUGUAUUUAUAUUUUUUUUUGUGACCAACCGAGGCGAAUGUAUUUCAAACAUCCAACAAACCACCUUUCACAAGUUUUAUUCUAUAGGUGGGUUGUUGAGGUUUCAACAACAAAGGAAGUCUGUCAUCCUGCUAAACUAUUUAAAAUUUUGUUCCUCUUCAAAAUUUUAAAACAAACAAAUCCUAAUGCACUUUAUUUAUCUACGGUUUCCAGAUGAUGUGGGCUUUGAAUUUUAGAAGAAAUAUUCAGGAUAACUUAUCGUCAUCACGAGUGAAUGAGGUUUUUUUUGUGUGUGUACAUUGUUUCAUUACAAACUCUGCUUGACCACUUUUACCUUUUGCCAAAUGUCUGAAGAUAAUUGAUUUUAUUGAAAACAUGCCAUUACUGUGAUAACUUUGUCAUUAAGAGCUUUAAAUGCAGCCAGGAACUUUUGAUCAUGAAAGAGCUAUGAUUUUGAUUAUUUUAAUGAUAUCUAGUGGCCUUUACUGUAUCUGCAGCCCUUCUCCAAGUUUCAUCUACUACAUGGAUAUGUUUUUUUCUCUGUAACGUGUUGUUUGUGUGUGUUGAUUUAAUUCUAAUCUUGACAACACUAUAGCUAUACAAACUAAUUUAUGUUUGGAGCAAUCUGAAGUGAGCCAAAUAACAGCAGCAAUCAUUCCAUGUAGAUGCCUCCUUUCUUGCUUUCAUGUUUACUGUUGUACAGACCAGCAAAAGUUAAAUGGAUGUACAUAAUGUUUUUUUUACAAAGGAUUGUUUUUGUAAUGAUGCACAUAUUCUAGUUUGAGUGCCAUGAAGAAAGUUGAGAUUAUAUAUGUAUUAUUUGCAAAAAAUAAAGCACCUUUUCACAGUC